UCCCUCGUAUUUACCCAGAAAUCGCCCCCUAACACCCCCGUAAAAAAUCCGAAAGCCCCCAAACCCACAAUGAAUGGUUCGCCCAUCGAUCCCCAUAAUUUUCGUGACCCUCAAGGUCACAUCGGCUGCACCGAGCCUUCAAUUGCGUUCACUGCAGCUCGGUGCAGUCGAUAUUGUCCUGCCGUUGCGCAAUAGCCACUGUGAAAUUGAAAAAGGAAAUGACAGGAUGAGCAAAGCUCGACGUCAAGACUUAAAAACACAUUCGGGUUCAUUAUAAAGUGAUAAAAUAGACUGGAAGGUGGGGAUUUACGCUAUCGGUUGUCACUAUCGAGUGGACAUGUGUGGCUGCUGCUGGUGCUGCUCGGCACUGAGGCCAAGGUACAAGAGACUGGUUGACAAUAUUUUUCCGGUUAAUCCGCAGGAUGGACUGGUCAAAAAUAACAUGGAGAAAUUGAUUUUCUACUCGCUGAGUAGUCCCGAGAAAUUAGACAGAAUAGGUGAAUAUUUAUUUCAACGGGCUUCCAGGGAUAUCUAUAGGCGACGAAAUGGCUUUGUUAUAAUCGCCAUGGAGGCCAUGGAUAAAUUGCUGGUUGCCUGUCACGCCCAAACGUUGAACUUGUUCGUUGAGAGUUUUUUAAAGAUGAUACAGAAACUCCUGGAGUCGACGGAUCCUCAGCUCCAGAUAAUGGCGACCCAAUCUUUUGUCAGAUUUGCCAACAUCGAGGAGGACACGCCGUCUUAUCACACACGUUACGAUUUCUUUGUAUCAAAGUUCUCUGCAAUGUGCCACGCCAACCACGACGACUUGGCAAUACGCAAGCAGAUUCGACUCGCCGGCAUACAGGGGCUGCAGGGUGUCGUGAGAAAAACAUUGAGCGAUGAUCUUGUGGAGAAUAUUUGGGAAUCUGUUCACAUGGAUAAGAUUGUACCGUCUUUGCUGUACAAUAUGCAGAAUUCGAGAUAUGUUGAUAAAGAAGGUACAACACCAGACAGUCCAACUGAGGAGCGCUCCGACCCUCCCCAGUUUGCAGAGACCUGCAUGCGGGAAUUAGUGGGGCGUGCAUCAUUCGGUCACAUUCGCUGUGUCAUCAGGCCCGUUCUGAGGCACUUGGACAAUCAUCAAUUAUGGGUUCCCAAUUAUUUCGCCAUUCACACCUUUAGGAUAAUUAUGUUUUCAAUCCAAUCCCAAUACUCGUACACAGUAGUCGAGGCCCUGAUGACGCACCUCGACGAGAACUCCAAGUCCUCCCCGAAGAUUCGUACGAGCAUCGCCGACACGCUCUCCAAGAUAAUCUCCAUCGCCGCCGGCGAGAGUGUCGGCCCCUCAGUCCUGGAGAUAAUAAACUCCCUGCUGUCGCACCUGCGCAUAUCAGUGACCCGAAAUCAGCAGUCGAGCCCAGACGAGCAGCUGUACCAGGAGGCCCUGAUAAACGCCCUGGGCGAGUUCGCCAAUCACCUCCCAGAUUACCAGAAGAUCGAGAUCAUGAUGUUCAUAAUGAGCAAGGUCCCUUACAGCCAGCCCGACCGCCUGGUCUCAGUGGCGAAGGGGGACGUGCUCCUCCAGAGUAUUCUCCUGAAAUCCCUCUUGAAAGUCGGCUCGAAAUACCAGACAAUCCACCUGAACACGACGUUCCCCCCCAGCUUCCUGGACCCCCUCUUACGAAUGUCCUUAGCAGCUGACGCUGAGAUGCGUCUGCUGGUGCAGAAGAUCUUCCACACGCUGAUAGAUCGUCACCACAACAUCGACAAGCUGGCGAAACCGUCGAUAAAGCCCUUGGAACUGGACCUGGCGAUCGAGAAAUCCUCUCGUCCAGACGUCAUCUUCAUCAGGAAGCACGGACCCGAGAUCUACCUAGCCCUCUACGAGUCCCUGGAGUUCCCUGGCAAUACAGUUGAGAACAUUGAAGCCAUCUACACGACCCUGGCUCUUCUGAUUGUCGAACUAGCCUCGGAAGACACUGUCCUAGAGCAGCUGAGACUUGUCCUGAGUCUCCAGGACUUGGCACUCACCAGCAGUCAGAUCAGCAGUGCCCUCAAGUUCAAUCUUCACGCCGUUGUCAUCAGUCUCCUCAUGAUGAUAGCUCAUGUCUGCAGUAUUGGGAGCUUGAUGGAGUACAGCAUGAAGAUCGUGGAGAUCAGGAGGAGGGAGGCUGCGCAUCUGCUGCCUGAGCUGAGGGGGCAGUAUGCGGGGGAGUUCCAGAGGGUGACUGGAGGGGUUCUGGUGGAUCAGGCGGUGGUUACUGAGUGCCUGAAGACUGCUGGCUUGGAUACCAUCAAGUUGCAGCAGGGCUCGGGCUACAGUAGCUCUUCGCUGCAGCAUAGGCACUCGUGGGUGGACAGCGCUGGGAGGAACUCCAUUGCUGACAUCAAUGCUGGGAAUACUGAGUUGGACAGUGGGGGCAGCUCACCAGGGGUCUCCAGGAAAUUUGUGGAGGAGCUCACCUUCGAGAGCAUGAAGAAAAUUCUCACUGAGAGCAAUAAUAAUCUGGGAGUUGAGGAGGAGAGGAGGGCGCAGCUGUCUGAGUACUUCAGGAAUGCCACGUUCCAGGAUUUGGUCUCCAAGACGCAGCCUAAGGGGGACGUACUCCAGAGCAAGUUGUCUGAUAUCUUUAAUUCUCUCACGAUGGAGGGGAGAAAUGUGGCGGUGCAGAGUGGACAGGUGGAGAACAAGGUCAAUGUGCCCAGUUAUGAGGUGCAUUUUCCAGAGUUGUUUGUUUAUUGAGGGCGGGGAGACAGUAUUUUCGAGGGAGGGACAGGUUUUUUCUUAUUUAAGGCAGUUAUUUCAGCAGGGAAGUGGUAAAACGUGAUGGCAGAGGGAGGAGUUGAGGAGUGGAUUUUUUUUAUCUUGUUGACUGGGGAAUUCUCUCGAUAAUUAAGGGUUUUGAGGGAAAAUGUCAGGUGUUUUCCGUGGGGAAUUGUGGUGAUUAGAAAAAUUGUAAAUACUAGUUUUUGAUGGGAAAGAGGAAAAUUAAUUUUCGAUAUUUUUGAUGAUUGCAUUCCAGAGAAUGAGGGAAUCUAGGGAUCUAGGGGGAGAUGGAGAGACGACUCUUGGAUUGCAUUUAUAGAAUAAUGAAAUGUUUGAAGGAGAAAGAUUCAGAGGACAUUUUUGCCACGAAUUUCAUUGACUCCUGAUAUUUUUCUUUCGAGUCACAAAUUUCAGGGAUGAAACCGUAAUUAAUCAGAAUAAUACGAUCGAUUCGUCAUGUUUUACUAAUUCGCUGACAAUGUCUUCUUUUUUUUAUUCUGCAAUUUAUGCACAAUUCCAAGGUAUUUUUGUAUCAAUACCGUUAUGUUGAUAUUUGAUGCGGUAUUACGCUCAACACAGCAGAUCAUGCUAUUUGUUCAUUGUUUAUUUUUGUGCUGAAGUAUUGUGAGGCAAUAAAGUUUAUUGGAGAAAUUAUCAA